CCAAGAUGGCCGCCACCUGGGCGAGGUCGGGCGGGCACGCCGCAGGGGUGGCUGGGAGUUGUAGUCCAGGCUGACGCGCUGACGCAUAUCGCCGCAGGCCGACGGUCGCCAUUGUGCGCCGCGCGCUGGAACUGCCAACUCCCACGAGAUACGUCGAGAAGGAAGUUAUGGCCUCCGGGCUUCCGACGGCCUGGCUCCGAACCAGUGGCCUUUGAAGAUGUGACCCUCGGUUUUACUUCAGAGGAAUGGGGACUGCUGGACCUCGAACAGAAGUCCCUGUACAGGGAGGUGAUGCUGGAGAACUACAGGAACCUGGUCUCAGUGGAACAUCAGCUUUCCAAGCCAGAUGUGGUAUCUCAGUUAGAGGAGGAGGAAGCGCUCUGGUCGGUGGAGAGAGGAAUUCCUCAAGACACCCUUUCAGAGUAUCCUACAGCUCCACUGGACCCUCAGUUGGAUCCUCUUCCUGCUGGGAAUCCCCUGAUGAAGAUUGAAGUCGUUGAAGUCCUCACACUGAACCAAGAGGUAGCUCGUCCCCGAAACGCCCAGAUCCGGGCCCUCUAUGCCGAAGAUGAGGGCCUGAGCCCAGAUGUGCUUGGGGAGCCCACUCAACAGCUAGGCAAGCAGCCAGCUGACCCUGAGGCCGCGCGCCAGAGGUUCCGGGGCUUUUGCUUUGAGGAGGUGGCGGGGCCCCGAGAGGCCCUGGCCCGGCUGCGUGAGCUGUGCCGCCAGUGGCUGCAGCCCGAGGCGCACUCCAAGGAGCAGAUGCUGGAGCUGCUGGUGCUGGAGCAGUUCCUGGGCUCACUGCCCAGGAAGCUCCGGAUGUGGGUGGAGUCGCAGCACCCAGAGGACUGCCAGGAGGCAGUGUCCCUGGUGGAGGAUGUAACCUGGAUGUCUGAGGAGGAAACAUUACCCGGCCAGGACUCCACCUUCUCUCUCCAGACCACUGCUCCUGAGGAAGAGGAGGAGGAGCAAGUGACUACGUGGCCAGUGAAGGAACCACCCGAGGAACCAGUGUCCUUCCUGGAUGUGGCCGUGGACUUCAGCAAGGAAGAGUGGGGGCUGCUGGACCCGACGCAGAGGACUGAGUACCAUGACGUGAUGUUGGAAACCUUUGGACACCUGGUCUCUUUGGGGUGGGAGACUACACUGGAAAGUAAAGAGUUAACUCCGAAGUCUGACACUCGUGAGAAAGAACCAGCCCAUGACCUGAAACUGGAAGAAUUCUCAAGGGAUGACACCUGGUCCCCUAUGUCAAGAGAUGUCUCACAGGGUGAGGCCCAGGAAGUCUCAGACGCAGCACUGAAGGGGGUGGGGCCGACUGGGGAAGAAACCCUCCCUCAGAAAAGCUCCUCGUCGCGGGCGAACACUGGCCUUGGCACAAGCCAUAUUUCACUCCAGAAAACUCUCCCUACAAAACGCUUGCGUAAGCGUGGCUCACGGGUUAAGAAGGUGACACGUAGUCCAGGUGUAAAAAUUCAUCAGAAGGACCGCAAAGGGGAAAAAGCCAGAGAAAACAGUGGUUGUGGGAGAGCCUUCAGCCGGAGCGCUCAGCAGAUCACAUUCACAAGAAUCCACAAAGGGAGCCAAGUCUGCCGAUGCAGCGAAUGUGGCAAAACGUUCCGGAACCCAAGAUAUUUCUCUGUACAUAAAAAAAUCCACACAGGAGAGAAGCCGUACGUGUGUCAGGACUGCGGGAAGGCAUUUGUUCAGAGCUCCUCCCUCACACAGCAUCAGAGAAUCCACACUGGAGAGAGGCCAUUUGAGUGUCCGGAGUGCGGGCGGACCUUCAAUGACCGCUCGGCCAUCUCCCAGCACCUGCGGACUCACACCGGAGCCAAGCCCUACCAGUGUCAGGACUGCGGCAAAGCCUUCCGCCAGAGCUCCCAUCUCAUCAGGCACCAGAGGACGCACACUGGGGAGCGCCCCUACACGUGCAACAAAUGCGGAAAGGCCUUCACCCAGAGCUCGCACCUCAUCGGGCAUCAGAAGACACACAGUAGGGUGAGAUGCAAGAAGAAACAGCCUGCCUCGCAGCCGUCCAGCUGAGCCGGGCGAAGACGUCGCCUCUUCAGCCUGACCCUGCCAAGUUACACAAACGGGCCUGAUCCGAACGUGAAAGCAGCACUGAGUGAUGAUCUUAAAAGCAAAGGACAACCAAGGAAACUGCCCUGCACAGGAGUAAAUAAGAAAACUGGUGGGGGGUUGUUGCUACUGAAUAUAGGUUGGGAAAACAUUCAAUUUUUCACUCACUUGAUUUGCUGGUACAAUUUGGUCAUUAAAAAUGAUAACAGUAGGGGCGCCUGGGUGGCUCAGUGGGUUAAAGCCUCUGCCUUCAGCUCAGGUCAUGAUCCCAGGGUCCUGGGAUCG